GCUCUGACCAGGCAGCACACACUCCUGCCACUCUCCACUGGACCUACAACAAUCACAGAGUAAGGCUCACACGAACCAAGGGUGAGCUCAGCUGCAACCGUGCGUGCACCUGUGUCAGAGAAGAGAGCUUGGUAGGAAGAGGGCAUGGCGGACUGGGGCCCGGUGUUCAUCGGGCUGGUGCUCUUCAUCCUCCUGUCGCCGGGGCUGCUGUUCCAGAUCCCCGGGAAGGGCAGGAUGGUGGAGUUCGGCAACUUCCAGACCAGCGGCCUCUCCAUACUCGUCCACGCCGUCAUCUACUUCGCCCUCAUCGCAAUCUUCAUCCUCGCCCUCGGCGUCCACGUCUACCUCGGUUAAUUGUUCAAGUUCCUCGCCUGAUUAGCUUCUAGUGGGGCACAGAUCGACGCACGCUAUGGUCGAUGAUUGUGUUGAUCUUUCGGCAAUUCAGUUGAUGAUUUUAUGUUUUCUCAAGCAUGUAUAGUACUUUCAGUUUUUAUAUACACUGCUAGCUUUCUAAUGGUCGGGGAUGCAACUCUAGUUCUGACGAUAUCUCUUACUGUAGCAUAUUGAUGAGUGUGUAUUAUGCUAAUUGGGCAUUAGCUUGGUAACCGAGAAAUCAACUGCAAUUUAAUUAAA